AUGGCGUUUGCUUUCCACAAGCGCUCCCCUGAGAUGGUGUCGACCUUGGAAAAGUCAGACCCUGACGGACAGGAUCCUCCAGGCAAGAGAAGGAUGGAACCCGACCAUGCUGUGUCCACCAACAAGCACUUGACUCGACUGGUGAGGUUUUCGAUUCUGCAGGCACGACGAUCGUCCCAAUCUCCCAAAGCUGGAGGUACACCGACCAGUGGCAGUAGCAAGCCUCCAUUCCCCGUGGCAGGGGUACCUAGUCCUUCCCGUGGUUCUAGCAAUCAUCGUCAGCGCUCGCCGUCGCCCCGAUCCAGCACACCACCCUCACAGCAACAACAGCAAUCACCUUCUUCCGCAAAAUAUCCAUUCGCCUUUGGAAGUUUUCCACAAGACAAAGAACGCCCCUCGACAGAAGUUCAAUACCCGUACAACAAUGAUGCUCCUGGUCAAGUGAUCAGUCAAACAGGCAUGGUGGCUGGACAUGUAGUUGAUGUUCCAGCGGAUCCUCCCAUUGUAGUAGACUUGUCGGCUUCUCUCACUCUUAGUGUUGGAGAUGAGGAAGACCAGCGGUCUGUCUAUAGUGGAGAGAGCAUUAGUGACGGUUUAGAUGCGAUCAGUGCCCAAGAAGACCAUGAUCACGACGACAUGGACUUGUUACUGGCUCCGGAUUCGGGGUCAGCCGACGGACACUUGAUUAUGAACGAAAACAGCAGCGACGAAGUCUACAACAGUGCUGAAAUGUACAGUAGCAGCGGCAAUUACGAAGGAGCCUCUCAGAGCUCGGGCAUGAGCUCCACUUCCGACUCCAUCAUGAGGCGGGUCGAACAAGAAAUUGCCAAUGCGAGAAAGGCAUCCAACGAUGCACAAGCUCGUCUGGCAUAUUUCACACAAAAGCAGAAAGAAUUGACACCCGUCAUGACUGACAGCUAUUCUUUUGAUUUUGAGAACCUAGAGACCUCGGGAGAUUUGCACAACAUGCUCGAUGUUGGGAGCGAUGAAGCGGCAACGCCUCGUCAUCAAAACAAUCCCUCGGCCUGGUCCUCUCUGCGAGAUGACAACAAAAGUCCGAGGUCGCCGCCACCUCCCGGUAGUUAUCAUCAUGCAUCUCGUUCGCCGCCAGCUCGAAACUAUCAUUUUUCACCUCGUUCGCCGGUGCCUGCUCAACAUGCUCAAGAAGAUAGCUAUAACAAUGCCAUGGGAGUCAUCGGAAGGGAGUUUGAUACCAGCUCGGCGGAUGUCGAGGAGAAGGUAGAUAUUGAAGUAGUCUUGGCUCCAUCGCACAAUCAGAAUCCACAGCAGCGGGAUGAUCGCGAGCCGCAUCCACCACAGCCGCCGCAAUCGCCAACCUUCCGCGGCUUACACGCUGCUUCCAAGAAACAACAACGCAAUACGCCGCCACCACAGAGGUCCCCACGUGUACUCUCUCCAGGCCACCAACAAAGACUCCGGUCUCCAAGAGGACAACUGAAUAUGGAUGACAGCGUGGAUAUCGACGAAGCAGUGAUUUCAGCUGUGUUUAGUGAAAAGAGCAUCGAGUCCUUGCCCAUCAAAGAAAGCUUACACGAAGUGUUUAGUGAACCCAGCAUGGAUUCUCUGCCCACUCAGCCGACGCAAUCUAGCAUUGAGAGACCCGGUUCCAUAGACGCAAGCUAUACCGAGAGCCAAUCCCGCGCAAUGUCUCCAAGCUCCUUGUCUCAGAGGAAGCAGCAGUUCAUGUUGUCCCCAAACGGCAAGAACGCGACUAGUCCGUCGUCACAGCAUUCUCAGCAGCAGCAGAAACAACAACGUUCGUUGCAAUCUCACCUGAGCAUUGAGACAAGUGGAAGUGCCAGCAUAGCAUCGCCCAGGAACAGCGUAUGUUCUCCCAAGGCUAACAGCGUGUCGUCUCCACUAUCGAAUGUUGUGACCACUCCAAACAGUGGCACCUUUUCCCCUGGUCGUCGAUCAUCCAAGCUGCCUUCGACGCCAAGGGAUCCCGGCACACCCUCAUAUCGAGAACGCCUUGAAAACAAGUUGAAGAUCUUGGGGUCUCGAUAUCCUUCGUCGCCUCCAGCGAAGAGCCCCAACUCCAAGAAGGACGUCGACACGUCUCCAAUCAGUCACAAGAAGGCAACAGAACCUUCGCCCCUGCUAAUGAAAAGUCCAAACAACAGCACUUUGGCAGAUGAAAAUAAUCCAUCCGCUUUGAAAGACGAAGAGCGAACCUCGAAGUCUUCGUCACCGCCAGUGGCGCUGAGGCCAAAGGGUGGAAGCUACGAUGGGUUGGAAACCAGAAUCAAGGAUUUGUUAGCUCGCACACUUCAGCCUACUAUUCCCGCGGAAUCCCAGCAGCAACCAAGCGAAAAGGAUAUCGAGUUCACUACAUCGCCAUCGGCAGAGCUUAAGGCGAUUAAGAAGCUUCUUGAACAGGGUGUCGCCUCUACUGAUGCCAAAGAAGGCCGAAAGAGAGGCCAGCGGGAUGAUAAGAUAACCGGUACACCCUCUGGCGAGGUUGAGGUAGUUGGGUCUCUUGAUGCGGAACAAGAAGAAGAAGAGGUGGAGGACGAAGAAGAGGACUCACAAACGCAAGAUUUGACGUUUCCAGAGCUUGUUGCCUCUACCGAAGAAGGGCAAGAAUUGACCGCUGAAGCAUCUGCAGAUGGAUCUGUCGUGAUUGUGACGCACUUGUCAACAUCGAGAUCUCAUGAGUCAAAGUCUGAUGAAAACGGAAUUCGGUUGCUCCAUCGAUCCACGGGACCGGUGCCCGCAGUGCUGGAACCCUCUGGCGAAACAAAGGAAACAAAAGAUACAAAGGAACCCUCAGUGACUUGUAGCACAAGCGAAGAGAUACUUGAGCAUCUGGAUUCGUUUUCGCAGUCAAACGAAUUCAAAAUUAAGUCCAAGAGGUCCUCGAAGUCGGGUUCCCCCAGAUCUUCGCCGACGCCAGAAUUCAAGGAAUGUGACGGUCAAGACAGCAACCCUGCGCAAGAGCUCGAGGAGCCACCAGCUGAUGAGGUUGUAGAAGAUGAGUUCCCAUCGCUCGAGCAGAGUGACAGCAAGCCCAAGAAAGGAACUCUUUCUGCACUAACAAGGCUCUUCGAAAGAAAAACCACAACACCACCCGCAAAGCCUGUAGCAACACCCAAGCGAAUAGUUACUCCAAGAAGAAUUUCAACACCCUCAGAAUUCACAUUCACGAUGCCAAAGGAUGCCCCAGCGCUCAAAGAAGUCCCGAAGGUCAAGGAAGUGCCAGGGCAAAGGGAAGUCCCGACGCCCAAGGAGAAUCUAACACCCAAGGAAAGCCCCAAAAGCGAGCAAAUUCCACCGUCUUUGGAAACCGUGCCUCCAAAGGAACUCACCAAAUCAGAUCCGUUGACUCAAGAAGACCUCAGCGACCGUAAGGAGGCAAAAGCAGACUCAGAAAAGCAAGCAACACAACAAAGCAACGAAUGGAACGAUGAAGGGAUCGAAAUCGAAGACACCGAAUUUCCCAUGCCCGUUUCUGAAGUCCCCAAGCCUAAGGAUCCUAUUGUGGAAGUGGAAGUUCACGCGCCUGAUGAACCCGCUACUGAAGCAGCCAAGGCUCCAGAAGUAUCCAAGCCUAUAGUUCAACACAACCAGAUAAAAUCCGAAGAAGAAGUGAACGGUGGAUUUCACAUCAAAGUCACAAUCAAAAGUGGCGACCCCACUUUGAAACCAACAACAGCAACAACCGCAAGCGUAGCAAAUGUUCACGAGAAGUCCGUUAACCCAAGUGAACAGAGUCCAUCUGAUGAUCAGAGCCCUGGUGAACAGGGUCCGUCUGUGGUGACGAAGAAGACCCCUUCUGUAUUGAACGCUGCUUUGUGCCGACCGUCUACCACAGACAACAAGGAUCGCAAGAUCAAACAGGGCAAGAAUCGUAAGAAGUAUCUUGCCAAGAAAGCCGCCUUGGCAGAGGAAGAAAAGCUGCAAGCAGAAAUCAAUGACACGACACAGACGUCCUCUGGCGAAGGGCCCAAAAACUUGGCAGUGAACGCUUCCUCUAGUGAGGCCUCCGUUCAUUCGGGGGAAAACACGACAUCAAACCAGGCUUCGAUACACCUAGAAGUAAACGCGUCUUCAAGUCAAGCCUCACUGAUUUCAACGGCAGCCGUAAAUGCCACCUCAAGUCAAGCUUCACACUCGGUCAAGGCAUCCUCCAGUCAAGCCUCCGUUCACUCUCGCGAACAAGACUUUGUCUCGUCAACUUCAAGUGCAGGAGACAUCAGCGAUUCUCGUCCAUCAGUGUCAGACGAUGUGCAUGAUUACUCAUAUGAUGCCGACGUUGCAAGCGACUGCGGUGAGGAAAAGGAAGCAAAAAAGGCCCCUGCACGAGUCGUGAAUCUAAAGGAAGCGCCGUCACCACCCAGUCAUGAAAGCCAUGAAGAACCGCGUGAAACGCCUUCUGGCGACAAGAACAUGCUAGCAAGCAUCAUGACCUCAAGCAGCACUUCUCAAACGGACGCGCUGCCUCCGAAGCCGCCGCUUAGCAAUAGGACGUCUAUUGAAUCCAAGGGGGUCCCCCCUAUUCCUCCUGGUAACAGGGUCAAAACUGUUUCGCUGCAAGCUCCACCGACACUUGUUCGAGACAACGACAGGAGGGCGCCAUUACCUCUCAGCAAAUCGAAUACAUCCCGGCAAGAUCGAAAGAUCAGAUUUCGAGACCCAUAUCCCACCCCCAAGCCUUGCCGGAAACCUCGUAGCACCGAAGAAAUUCAACGUGAUUAUUCGUGCAGACCCACAAAAGCUGACAAAAAGACUCGAUGGAAGGAGCCCAAGGGCGAUCUCAAACGCCUCCUCGUUGCCGCACUGGAUUCUUCGCUGUCCCGAAGGAGUAAUGCAUGCGGCGCGCUGAAGGUUAUCUCCAAACUCGAAAAGAACAAAGUCAUUCUUGUCCGAACCACUGGAUUUCUCGAAGCACUUGUUUUCGUUGCGACGGACGAAGUGUCGUCAAGUGAACCAGACGCGAAGGAGGACGCCCGAGCACGCGCAAUCUCGUGUAUAUACAAUGUUUCACACGCCAAGGAGAAUCGAGUGAUCGUAUGCACACACCCUGGGCUUCUUGAGUGUCUCGUGAGAACAAUCAAUGAAGACCGCGGAGAAGCAAGAAUGGAAGCGUGCGGUGUUUUGGCGCAAUUGGCCAAAAGCGCCAUGUGCCGUGAUGUCAUGGUCGACGUUGAGGAGUUGCUGUCCACACUUGCAAGCGUUUUGAAGGGGACCAUUGACCCGGAAGAAAAGGCAAUGCCCAGCAACAACGUCCUCUCCCAAGACAUCACCGAAGAGGUCCCAUCUUCGUAUUCUGAAAUGUCCUCAGUACUGUCCGAGGAGCAUAUUCCUUUCCCAAAGAACACAGGCAGCCCUUCGAGCAAGUCUGAGCGCUACGAUAUGCACCCCAACUGUUCCAUCAGAAAGCAAAAGAGUGAAAUGUAUGACCAGUACUAUGACUUAGCCAGGCUAAGUGCUUGCGCAGCCCUAGUUCACUUGUCGAAGCAGUGUUCCGUCAUGGACCAUUUCUGUUCAAACGUGUUCCUGCUCGAAAGUAUUAUUCACGUUGCCCGGGAUUUUGACAGCAAGCUACAUGGCAAAUGCCUUGAAAUCCUCUGCAACGUUUCCAGGCUUCCUGGAAACACCACAGAAAUGACGCGCUUCCCAGCGCUUGUCGACACGCUCUUGAGAGCAUGUACGUCGACCGAGGCACAAGAUCGUGUCUGGGCUCUCCGUACGCUGCAGAACAUGUCGUCUGAUGCGGCUAGCAAGUCCACACUGGCGACAAGCACGUUAUUGACUUUACUCAUCAACUGUGUUACGAGCAAAAAGACCGAUGAACAGCAUGCAGCAAUGGCAACUCUCCUGAAUCUUUCAACUGAUCCCAGUGCAGUGGUACCAAUCACGAGCACCAAAAACGUUCUGGCAACCUUGGUUUACCUUGCCCACAAUGCCGAUUCAACUUCCGAUAUCCGUCGCAUGGCGUGCAAUGCUUUGGCCACCGUGGGUCUCUGGCUCCAAACUGUAUCAGGGUUUGGAUCCAUCCCAGAAGAGACACGACGAGUUCUACUGCCAUCACACAAAACAACCGGAUGGGAAAUUUGGGACUAGUGAAGUGCACGCAGUGUCAUUUUGAACAACUGUGGGCAACUUCGUCCUACUUCCGAUUCCGGCCACUCGUUCUUCCUUGUGUGUUUGUGUAGACUAUAAUGAUUUAUCGAAGUUUUCAUUUGCGGCU